UGGCAAUGGGGAUGGUGUUGACUAAAGUCAACAUGACGAUCAGACCAAAUCAACACGUGUGCGCAAGCACUUGGUGAUCGGACGGUCGAGGAUGAGUGGGACAUGCCAACAUCAUGAAAAAGCCCCCGUGCCGUGCCGCAGCCGCCGCAUCGGCAAUGGCAUCGGCGGCCGUGUCCUGUCGAUGGCCGAGGACAACAGCAAGGACGCCUUCUUCCUCAUCACCGCCGGAGUCUUCCGCGUCGUCCCGUCCGGCGCCUGCGGUACUCCUCGUCCUCAGCCGCAGCUGCCAGCAGUGCUGUCCGUGGGGGCGACUGCUGUGGCAAGUUGCGCUGUAUGUCUGCUGGACGAUACUGGCAGGCGGAGGGCAGAUUCAGAUUGGACGUUGCUGCAGUUGCAGAAAUUUCUGCUUCAUCCAUUCUAUCUUCUGUUGCUCACACCGGUACAGUGAUCCCCACCAAAGCUGAGCACGAACCAGCCUUCUCUACGAGAACUGCCUGCUUAACGAGUUACUGGUGCUGACCUGAGUAUAGUAAACGUUACUAUCUAGCUAGUAUUUGUGGUUGCUCGGACAUCUACAUAAGUAACCUUACUAUCUAGCUAGUAUUUGUGGUUGUAUAUACUACUCGUACAUAAGUAGUAGUUUAAUUUAUUCAUGAUACUACUCGUACAUCUACAUAAGUAGUGAACGCGGUUUUUUUGCGUUUAAGGGCAUAUGUCUUCACUCUCUCACCCAUUGGAUUCGCUUUGAGAAGUGUGCAAACACACAUCUCAAAGCAGUUUCGCAUUGAGAUAUGUGUUUACAUACUUCUCAAAACGAAUUCAAUGGGUGGGAGAGUGAGGGCACGUGCCCUCAAGGAAAAAUAAACUUUGCCCAUAAGUAGUAGUUUAUUCAUGGUUUGCAUAAUUACAACCUUGCCUUUGGUGAAGCCUUCUGCAUUAUGUUGUUAUGGUACUGACAGUGCUGCAGAUUGUAUGCUCUGGAAGCUGGCAACAAGCUAGUGCUUCUUGAACACAGCAGAGUUCUUCAUUAGGUGUCUCAUGUCUCUAUGCUGAACUCCAUUGGAAAAGAAUGACGUGACUACAUGCAUGGUCAAGCAAUUCCUUUAGAGGCAGGAGAACCAAUUGCAGACUGGAGCUUCCCAAAGUCCAUCUGUUGCAAUUACUAGUGCUGUGGCCUGGAUGCUUGUAGGGUUCAGGUCAAAUUCCUGCCGGUCGCUCGUCGCCAUCGCCUCCGCAUGCUGACCGUGACUGUAAUUGCGAUCUGCACAGCUUCUGAAACCGUCGCCUCCCUCACAAGUCACAACUCUUUUCGGCAAAAGCAGUCGCUCGCGCUCCCAUCGGAUACCCAGGCGCCCCCGGAGCCCGGACGCCGACGGGGUAAUAA